AUGGCUGCACUGAGUUGUCUUUUGGACAGUGUUAGAAGGGACAUAAAGAAGGUGGACAGAGAACUUAGACAAUUGAGAUGCAUCGAUGAAUUCAGCACCCGAUGCCUGUGCGACUUGUACAUGCACCCUUACUGCUGCUGUGACCUGCACCCCUACCCGUACUGCCUGUGCUACUCCAAACGAUCGCGUUCCUGCGGCCUGUGUGACCUCUACCCGUGCUGCCUGUGUGACUACAAGCUGUACUGCCUGCGCCCGUCCCUCAGGAGUUUGGAGAGGAAAGCCAUCAGAGCCAUCGAGGACGAAAAGAGAGAACUUGCCAAGCUCAGAAGAACAACAAAUAGAAUCCUGGCCUCCUCUUGCUGUAGCAGUAACAUCUUGGGGUCAGUGAACGUGUGUGGCUUUGAACCUGAUCAAGUCAAAGUGCGAGUGAAGGACGGAAAGGUGUGUGUGUCGGCCGAACGGGAGAACAGGUACGACUGCCUCGGAUCCAAAAAGUACAGCUAUAUGAACAUCUGCAAAGAGUUCAGCCUGCCGCCAUGCGUAGACGAGAAGGACGUAACGUACUCCUACGGGCUCGGCAGUUGUGUCAAGAUCGAGUCUCCCUGCUACCCUUGCGCUUCCCCCUGCAACCCCUGCAGUCCCUGCGGUCCCUGCGGCCCCUGCAGUCCCUGCGGUCCCUGCGGCCCUUGCAACCCCUGCGACCCCUGCAAUCCCUGCUACCCCUGUGGAAGCCGAUUCUCCUGUAGGAAAAUGAUUUUGUAA